AUGCCAGAACUUUUCAGCAGCCUGGCCCUGGGGUACGCCCUCGUACUCCCAUUUCUCUACCUCUCCUUCAGUACUGGAGGAGGGGUCGUCAUGGAUUUCAUUCUCAGCAGUUUUAUAGCUGUUCCCGUCGCCGCCGGUUUCUGGCUCGUCACCUCUGCCAUCAGCCCUCGUAUCAACGAGACCGUCCUUCUUCCCGGUUUACCUAUCGAAGCCUACUUGACAUUCAAGCAUUCGGUCAAGGUCAAGUAUCGCAACAGAAGGAAGAUUCCGAUGGCAACAUUGUGUCAGAUGUACAUUGACGGAGACGUUGAGAUGAUGGGAGACACACUGGAUGUCCUCGAGAUGAGACAUGACUGGGCUUCUUUCCGUCUGACCUUCCAUCUCAUCUACUACUUCCUCUUCCAUCUCAUCCCAAAGAUCGUCAUGGAUUUCUAUUCUCAUGACGACGAUGAAAUCCACCCAGCCCUCGAGAAGCUCGAUCUAGGCUUGAUGGGCUGCUUCCUGGGACCCCGCAUGAUGUACACUUCCGGAAUCGUCCGCAACAUCUACGAGGAUAAGUCCCUCGAGGGGCUUGAGGACAACAAGCUCCGCGUCAUCUGUGAGAAGAUUCGUCUCAACCGGCAAGACAGCAUCCUUAGCAUCGGCUAUGGCUGGGAAGCGCUCGCCGACUACAUACACGGUAUUUUCCCCUACAUCCCCUUCACCGGCUUCACCCACACCGGCGAGUACCACAACAUCCCCGCCAUCAAAGGCGGCUACAAGAAAAUCGUCUGCAUGCACCUUGCCCUGCACAAGGGCCCCGGCAACUUCAUGGCUCUGCACGUGGGUCCCGGAGAAUACGCGGGCUUCUUCCGACUCCUCCACGGCCUUCUCGACGACGACGGCGUCUUGUUCCUUGAAGUCGCGGGCGCGCGCAAGUCCUGGCAGUACGAGGACCUCAUCUGGAGACUCCUGACGGCAAAGUACGUCUGCCCUGACGCCGUGCCGUACGCUUCUCUCGGAUCCUUGACAGACCAGCUCGAGAACGCCGGCUUCCAAGUCAAGAGCGUGGAGAACAUCAGUGCCCACCACUCCGCAACGGUCCGCAAGUGGUACAACAACUUUGUCUGCAAUCGAAAGGCUUUGGAGGCCACGUACGGCUCGAAAAUCUUCCGGACCUUUGAGUUCUUUCUAGCGUACAUGACGAUCAUCUUCCGUCAAGGCAGCGCCAACUCUUACCAGAUCGUCGUCACCAAGAAUCCCAAUUCCGUCAACCGAGCGAAGAAUUGCUUGAAAACCUCCGGCGGGGCAUUUACCCGCACAAUCUACGCUGACAGGGAGCGCUUGGCCAGUUACCCCAAAGAGGAGUUCGACACGACCUACGACCCCGCGGCCGCCACCCGAGCCAAUUCUGAGGCUGGAGGUGAGGGUUCUUCCUGGGACCACUAUGAGUAG